AUGGGCGCUUCUGUAAUUGAAAUCCAGCGCGACAUUAUUCUAAACACGAUCCGCCAAUCCGUCGGCCACGAAUGGAAAGUUCUGGUAGUCGAUGAACAAAGCAGGAAAUUAAUCAAUGCCGCCGUCAAAGAGGAAGAGAUCCUCAACCUGAACGUCUCCAAUGUCGAACAGAUCGAGCACCGACGGCCGUCCAACCCGGACAUGGACGCGCUAUACAUAUUAUCCCCGGAAUCAUGGAUUGUGGAUUGUCUCAUGGCCGAUUUCGAGGUCAGACGGUACCGGAAGGCAUUCCUAGUUUGGACCUCUUUCCUCGACCCGCAGCUCCGGCAGCGACUUGACCGAUCUGAUAUGGCACGGGAACGGAUUGCCGACUAUCGUAUCAUGAACAUCAGUUUUUACCCUCGAGAGUCACAUUUGGUCACCUUCCGCGAUCCAUACAGCUUCCCGAUUCUGUUCCAUCCAGGCUGCAACAAUUUGAUCCGUAAACAUCUUCAAGAGCUGGCUCAAAAGAUUGUCUCCCUCUGCGCUUGCUUGGGCGAGUAUCCAAUCAUCCGCUAUUUCAAGCCACGAGCCCCUACUCACGAAGCUGCUGUCCUUUGCUCCCAUUUGGCGCGGUUUGUUCAGAAUGAAUUGGAUCAGUUCGCCCAAUUCCAACGCGAUUUCCCGCCACAGACUAACCGACCUCGGGGCGUUUUGCUCAUCGUGGACCGGUCCAUGGACACAUUCGCCCCUCUUCUCCAUGAGUUCACAUUCCAAGCUAUGGCUCAUGACCUUCUCCCGAUCAAGGAUGGGGACAAAGUCACAUACAAAACAGUGCUCCACGAAGGCAAGGAGAACGAAGAGCAGAAAGAUAUGGAGAUUGGUGAACAUGAUAAAGUGUGGGUGUCGUACAGGCACAUGCACAUGAAGGAUUUACUUGGAAAAUUAGGAGAAGAUUUUGCCAAGUUCAGAGCCGCCAACCCUCAGUUUGCUGAAGAUAACGACAAGACAAGCGUGAACACAAUCAAAGAUAUGCUCGGAGGACUGACCGAGUUCACGGAAGGCAAGGAUGCAUACACCCUGCAUUUGAACAUGGCAGAAGAGUGCAUGAAAUACUUCCAACAGCACAAACUCUUGGAAGUGAGCUCCAUUGAGCAAUCAUUUGCUACCGGUCUCGAUGAGAACUACAAAAAGGCCAAAAAUCUGGCAGCACAGCUUGUUCAAUUACUCGACGAUGAGCAGGUCAUUCAUUCCGACCGACUUCGGUUAAUUCUGUUGUACAUCAUGUACCGUUACGGCUUGCUAGGCGGGGAUAUCCGAAAGCUCAUGGCGCACUCCGACCUACCAGGGCGCAAUGGGGACGUUAUUGCGAACCUGGAGCUCUUGGGUGUACGCGUCGAAAAGCCACUCAAAGACGAUAAACCACCACCACAGCCUUUGUUCAACCGGUGUGCCCCACCUCCAGAGGGAGAAGAGAUCAGCCUGACACGGUACGAGCUGGGCGUCAAGCAAAUGCUCGAGGAACAAAUCCGGGGGUCACUGGACACUACCACCUUCCCAUUUACCCGACCUCACACAGAUGCCGAUGGUAGCAUGGCCGCGCAGGACAUGUUAUCGCAGCAGACCUCUCUUCGCAGCGCCAAACCUACUUGGGCCCGCACACGAAGUGUUGACCAGCCCCGCCAACGUAUCAUCGUCUUCAUGGCCGGUGGUGCCACCUAUUCCGAGUCCCGCGCCUGCUACGAGGUCUCCCAAGCCCACAAUCGAGACGUCUUCCUCGCUACAACACACAUGCUCAACCCGGGCCUGUUCAUGCGCCAAGUGGGCGAUCUCAGCGUUGACAAACGCCGGCUGGAUAUUCCGGCUGAGCGUCCAAAGCCCACUGCCCCCGCUCAUCUAUUCGAGCGUGAACCACCGCCUGCCCCAGCAGCACCACCGCAGAAGAAAAAGCCGGUUGCCACCCCGAACCCGCCCACCCCGCCUACAGCGCAGAUGGCAAACAUGUCCAUGAAGAACGGAUCAAAUGGAACACCACCACCCCCGUCUAGCGGGAAAAUCCACAAGAAAGAUAAGGAGAAGAAGGAAAAGGAAAAGAAAGACAAGAAGUACCGUUUCUUCUAG